AUGGCAGCGACUGUGGUGCUGGAGCCUGCGGGUCGCUGUCGCUGGGACGAGCCGGUGCGCAUCGCUGUGCGCGGCCUGGCUCCGGGGCAGCGGGUCACGCUGCGCGCGUCCCUGCGCGACGAGAAGGGCGCGCUCUUCAGGGCCCACGCGCGCUACUGCGCCGACGCCGACGGCCAGCUGGACCUGGCGCGCGCGCCCGCGCUGGGCGGCAGCUUCGUGGGGCUCGAGCCCAUGGGGCUCCUCUGGGCUCUGGAGCCCGAAAAGCCUUUUUGGCGGUUUGUGAAGCGGGACGUGCAGACGCCCUUCGCCGUGAAGCUGGAGGUGUUCGACGGCCACGAGCCCGAGCCUCAGGCGGAGCAGCUCCUGGGCGUGGCAGUGCACGAGCGCGACUUCCUGCCGCCCGGGGUUCGGCGGGAGCCGGUGCGCGCGGGCCGGGUGCGGGCCACGCUCUUCCUACCUCCAGGACUUGGACCUUUCCCAGGGAUCAUUGACAUUUUUGGUAUGGGAGGAGGCCUGUUGGAAUAUCGGGCCAGUCUUCUAGCUGGCCAUGGCUUUGCUACCUUGGCGCUAGCUUACUGCGACUUUGAAGAUCUCCCCAAGAAAUUCGACACCAUACAUCUGGACUACUUUGAAGAAGCCCUGUGCUACAUGCUUCAACACACCCAGGUAAAGGGCCCAGGCAUUGGGCUUCUGGGAAUUUCUUUAGGGGCUGAUAUUUGUCUCUCCAUGGCCUCAUUUUUGAAGAACGUCUCAGCCACAGUUUCCAUCAAUGGAUCUGGAUUUAAUGGAAACAAACCCAUAUACUACAAGGAGACUAGCAUCCCACCAUUGGGCCAUGACCUGAGGAGAGUGAAGGUAGCUUUCUCAGGCCUCCUGGACAUUGUGGAUAUAAGGAAUGAUAUUGUGGGGGGAUGUGAGAACCCCUGCAUGAUUCCAAUAGAGAAGGCCCAGGGGCCCAUCCUCUUCAUUGUUGGUCAGGAUGACCAUAACUGGAGGAGUGAGUUAUAUGCCCAGAUAGCCUCAGAACGGUUACAGGCCCAUGGAAAGGGAAAAGCCCAGAUCAUCUCUUACCCUGGGACUGGGCAUUACAUUGAGCCUCCUUACUUCCCCAUGUGUCCAGCUUCCCUGCACAGAUUACUGGACAAACCGGUGAUCUGGGGUGGGGAACCCAGAGCUCACUCUAAGGCCCAGAUAGAUGCUUGGAAGCAAAUUCUAACCUUCUUCUCCAAACACCUUGGAGCUUCCCCCAAAUUGUAAUGCACUGGUCUGUUAUUUGACAAGAGAGAUUCAAGAUCAGAUUUUAGUGUUUAAUAUUUUUUCUGUGAAUCAACUAUCCUCUGGGUAACAUUAAACUCUUGUCAUUGGUCCAUCGUUAAAAAGUCUACAAAUAAAAAAUGCUAGAGAGUGUAUGAAGAAAA